GGAGGGGGGGUUAAAAUAACGCGAGAGAAAGAAGACCGAAUAACGGUUUACUCCAACAUACAUGGAAACCUCGAACCCACCAAUUUAAAUCACAUCCACACCGCGUCCUGUUAUGUUUACAUGUGGCCAGACGGACUUGGUGAGCGCGUUUUACAGGCUGCAGAAAACCAGCGAACAACCAUUGUGUGCUUAGAAAGAAGAAGAAUGGCCUGGAUGUGGAAGAGGAAGUCGCUGAUUGCCACCAGUCUGAUUGUAGCUGUGUCGCUCUUCGUGGUUGUGGUGAACUUCACGGAGAAGCCGUACUUCCUCUUGCAGCCUGUGUUUGGUCAGACGUUCAGCAGCCGCUGGAUGUUCUCCAAGCAGUCCUACAAGGCUUUAAAGCCUCACCUGGGCUAUGUCAGAAUCCCGAAACAAGAGCCCCUGAAGCUGAACUGUGAACUGUGCAGCAUUGUGUCCAGCUCCGGCCAGAUGUUGGGCCAGGCUGCAGGCGCACAGAUCGACCGCUCUCCUUGCAUCUGGCGCAUGAACAAUGCUCCCACGCGGGGAUUUGAAAAUGACGUCGGAAGACGAACCACCCUGAGAGUCGUCUCUCACACCAGCGUGCCCCUCCUGCUGCAGAAGCCGCAGCACUUCUUCGGCCAGGGCAAUGACACCGUCUACGUCGUGUGGGGGCCGCUGCGGAACAUGAGGAAGGACGGAAAGGGCAUUGUUUACAACAUGUUGCGACAGGCAUCAGAGAACUAUCCCCAUGCUCGUAUCUACGUCACCACAGAGGACAGGAUGAACUACUGUGACAUGGUGUUCAAGAAGGAGACAGGCAAAGACAGGUGAGCCAUUUGCAUUACCUGUUGUUUUCAUGU